AACGAGCCGUGGUUCAUGCGCUUGAGCUCCUCUGGAGAAGUACCCGUCCUGAUCCAUGGGGAAAACAUCAUUUGUGAGGCAACGCAGAUCAUUGAUUACCUUGAAGCGACGUUUGUAGAUGAGGGAGUACCAAGAUUAAUGCCAGAAGAGGGGAGCAUGUAUUAUCCAAGGGUGCAACACUACAGAGAGCUUUUAGACUCCUUGCCUAUGGAUGCCUACACACAUGGCUGCAUCCUGCACCCUGAGUUAACAGUGGACUCCAUGAUUCCAGCCUAUGCUACCAGCAGAAUCCGUAGCCAAAUAAGUAACACAGAAUCAGAAUUGAAGAAACUUGCAGAAGAAAAUCCAGACCUUCAAGAUGCCUAUAUAGCAAAACAGAAGCGCCUUAAGUCUAAACUGCUGGAUCAUGAUAAUAUAAAAUACCUAAAGAAAAUACUGGAUGAACUGGAAAAGGUUUUGGAUCAGGUUGAGACUGAAUUGCAACGGCGAAAUGAGGAAACACCAGAAGAUGGAAAUCAGCCUUGGCUCUGUGGUGAUUUCUUCAGUCUGGCAGAUGUGUCACUUGCUGUCACAUUACAUCGCCUGAAGUUUCUGGGAUUAGCAAGAAGAAACUGGGGAAAUGGAAAGCGGCCAAACUUGGAAGCUUAUUAUGAGCGUGUCAUGAAGAGAAAAGCAUUUUACAAAGUUUUGGGACAUGUCAACAAUAUAUUAAUCUCAGCUGUCCUGCCAACAGCAUUCCGUGUGGCCAAGAAAAGGGCUCCCAGGGUUCUUGGCACCACCCUGCUGGUCAGCAUGCUGGCAGGGGUGGGUUAUCUGGCUUUCCUGUGUCUUCGGAAAAGAUUUGCCAAUGUGGUGCUAUCAAUUAGAACCAGGCAAAAUUAUUUUUAG